AUGAAAGAAGAACACAUGAUGAAAGAAGAACACAUGAUGAAAGAAGAACACAUGAUGAAAGAAGAACACAUGAUGAAGGAAGAACACAUGAAGGAAGAAGAACACAUGAUGAAGGAAGAACACAUGAUGAAGGAAGAACACAUGAUGAAGGAAGAACACAUGAUGAAAGAAGAACACAUGAUGAAGGAAGAACACAUGAAGGAAGAAGAACACAUGAUGAAAGAAGAACACAUGAUGAAAGAAGAACACAUGAUGAAAGAAGAACACAUGAUGAAAGAAGAACACAUGAUGAAGGAAGAACACAUGAAGGAAGAAGAACACAUGAUGAGAGAAGAACACAUGAUGAAGGAAGAACACAUGAUGAAAGAAGAACACAUGAUGAGAGAAGAACACAGGAUGAAAGAAGAACACAUGAUGAAAGAAGAACACAUGAUGAAAGAAGAACACAUGAUGAAAGAAGAACACAUGAUGAAGGAAGAACACAUGAUGAAGGAAGAACACAUGAAGGAAGAAGAACACAUGAUGAAAGAAGAACACAUGAUGAAGGAAGAACACAUGAUGAAGGAAGAACACAUGAUGAAGGAAGAAUACAUGACAUUAGAUUAA